UCUUGAAACAUAAGAAUUUCUACCUUUCGGAAGACUCGCGUCGCCGAUACAGCAGACGACAACAGAGGAGGGAAGAGGAAAAAGAGAGCAGGUAGCAGUAACAAUGGUGGCGACGAAUCUGAAGGCGGAGACGAUGGCGAUGAUGGAGAGGAGAUCAUCUCUCGAAUCGGAGAUGAACGCCAUCAUCGCUCACCUCUGCGCCCCCGGCGGCCCUGGGAUCUCCGGCAAUCUCGUCGAUUCCGAGGGAUUUCCUCGGCCCGACAUCGACGUCCCUUCUGUUCGAUCUCAGCGAUCUCGUCUUGCCGCACUCCACAAUGAUUACAAGGUUCUGACCGCAAAAAUAGAUGAAAAUUUACAAGUGUUGCACUCAGCAAGAUUAACCAAAGGUUUGCCAUUAAGCAUGGAAAGCUCAGAUGUAUCUGCUUCUCCACAUACUGCUACAUCUCAAGUUUCCCCUAUGCAUGAGGACCUAGUCGUAAAGAUUCCAUUUGCUAUGGUAGACGAGAUAACUGAUGAUUCUCCAGCAGCAGAAGAUGGACUGCAAUUAGGUGACCAGAUCAUUAAGUUUGGAAACGUUGAAAUGGGUGAUGAAGUGGUUCAUAGGCUUGCUUCGGAAGCAAGGUCAAAUGAAGGUCAUCCAAUUCCGAUUAUCAUCAUGAGAGAGGGAUCACAGAUGAAUCUGACUAUAACACCAAGGCAGUGGCAUGGUCGUGGUUUACUGGGCUGCCAUUUUCGGAUCCUAUGAGAGGCACGCAUAACAAUAACAAAAUGUUGUUGGUCCUGAAGUCAGAGCAGAAGGAGACAUCUAUUGUUUCAACAAAAGGAAAGCUGUACACUGUAGUAAUGGCAGGUUCUUAUGCUUUUAUUAGGCCUUCUUUUAAAUCUUGUCACCCAACUCUUGACCAUUAUUUUUAUGCGCCUCAAACAGUUAAAAGUUACAUAUGAAUGCCACCUGUCAUCUAGUAUGUUUUUUGAUUAUAAAAAUUACUCUGAUAUGCAUUAGAAACUCGAGAGGUUUUCUGGGACAAGUAACUGACCCAAUUUAUGCUGUCUUCUUGGUGAAAUCUUCUUGUUUUUCUUUGAGUGAUUAA